AUGGGUAAAAAAAACACCAAAGGUGGUAAGAAAGGUAGAAGAGGAAAGAACGAAUCCGAUGGUCCAAAGCGUGAGCUUUACUACAAGGAAGAUGGCCAAGAAUACGCUCAAAUCACCAAGAUGCUUGGUAAUGGUAGAGUUGAAGCCAGUUGUUUUGAUGGUGUUAAGAGAAUGGCUCACAUUAGAGGUAAAUUAAGAAAGAAGGUUUGGAUGGGCCAAGGUGAUAUCAUUUUGGUCUCUCUAAGAGAUUUCCAAGAUGAUCAAUGUGAUGUUGUUCACAAAUAUAACUUAGAUGAAGCUAGAACUUUGAAGAACCAAGGUGAACUUCCAGAAAAUGCUAAGAUUAAUGAAGGUGAAAACUUCGGUUUCGACUCUGAUGAAGAUGUUAACUUCGAGUUCGGUAACGCUGAUGACUCUGAUGAAGAUGAAGAUGAUGAAGAUUUGGAUAUCGAUGAUAUCUAA